GAGGCGAGGCGAGGCGUGCAGCGAGGGCGGGCGCAGUGCCGGAGCCGGGGAGGGGCUCCUUCAAGAAACGCCGCUGCCGCUCGCCUGCUCGCUGGGCGCUGGCAUUGUGGCCACCAGCCGGGCGCUCGGGGCCACGCGCGGCCACCGCUCCAGCUCUGCGCCCACCCGGACUGCCAGCAGACCUGGGCGGGGACCCCAGCGGGGCUCCUGCAGCCGCUGCCCGGUGCGCACGGCUAGCGCCCGGAGAGGACCACGGCGCCCUCGGCGACUGGCCGGCCUUCCCGCCCCUAACCGCCCGCGUCCCGGCCGCCUUUGUGCCGGCACCUCGCUCCGCCCGGGGAGCCGAGGGUCGGCGGGGGCGCGGCGCGCACGGCCGCGCGAUGCCCAGCUCGCUGUUCGCAGACCUGGAGCGCAACGGCGGCGGCGGAGGCGGCGGCGGCGGCGGCGGCGGCGGCGGCGGCGGCGGCGGCGGCGGCGGCGGCGGCGGCGGCGGGGGUGAGACCCUGGACGACCAGCGAGCUCUGCAGCUUGCUCUCGACCAGCUCUCCCUGCUGGGUCUGGACAGCGACGAGGGCGCGUCUCUGUACGACAGCGAGCCGCGAAAGAAGAGCGUGAACAUGACCGAAUGCGUGCCUGUGCCUAGCUCUGAGCACGUCGCGGAGAUCGUGGGGCGGCAAGGUUGUAAAAUCAAAGCGCUGCGGGCCAAGACCAACACUUAUAUCAAGACCCCAGUGCGCGGGGAGGAGCCUGUCUUUGUUGUGACGGGCAGGAAGGAAGAUGUGGCAAUGGCUCGGAGGGAGAUCAUCUCUGCGGCGGAGCACUUCUCCAUGAUCCGCGCCUCGCGGAAUAAGAACACUGCGCUCAACGGCGCAGUGCCUGGGCCGCCCAACCUGCCGGGGCAGACCACCAUCCAGGUGCGGGUGCCCUACCGCGUGGUGGGGCUUGUAGUGGGGCCCAAGGGCGCCACGAUCAAGCGCAUCCAGCAGCAGACGCAUACGUACAUCGUGACACCCAGUCGAGACAAGGAGCCAGUGUUCGAGGUGACAGGCAUGCCAGAGAACGUGGACCGCGCGCGGGAGGAGAUCGAGGCACACAUCGCCCUGCGCACGGGCGGCAUUGUCGAGCUAACCGACGAGAACGACUUCCACGCUAACGGCACCGAUGUGGGCUUCGACCUGCACCACGGGUCCGGCGGGUCCGGCCCGGGCAGCCUCUGGAGCAAGCCCACCCCUAGUAUCACGCCCACUCCAGGCCGCAAGCCCUUCUCUAGCUACCGCAACGACAGCUCCAGCUCGCUGGGCAGCGCAUCCACAGACUCUUAUUUCGGUGGGGGGACCGGCGGCAGCGCGACCGCCACCCCACGCCUGGCGGACUACAGCCCUCCCAGCCCUGCACUCAGCUUCGCGCACAAUGGGAACAACAACAACAAUGGCAAUGGGUACGCGUACCCAGCGGGGGACGCCCCGGCGCCGUCCCCCGAGGGCUGCCCGGAGCUGCAGCCAACCUUCGACCCGGCGCCCGCGCCCCCGCCUGGCGCGCCCCUUCUCUGGGCGCAGUUCGAGCGGUCCCCCGGAGGCGGCCCGACAGCCCCGGUGUCCUCUUCCUGCUCCUCUGCGUCCUCGUCCGCCUCCUCGUCCUCUGUGGUCUUCCCCGGGGGUGGCGCCGGCGCGCCCUCCAAUGCCAACCUGGGCCUCCUGGUGCACCGCCGGCUGCACCCGGGCGCCAGCUGCCAGCGCCUGUCGCCGCCCCUGCACAUGGCCCCGGGGGCGGGCGAGCACCACUUGGCUCGCCGGGUGCGCAGCGACCCGGGUGGAGGCGGUUUGGCCUACGCCGCCUACGCCAAUGGGCUAGGGGCACAGCUGCCCGGUCUGCAGUCCUCAGACACGUCGGGAUCUUCUUCGUCUUCCAGCUCCUCCUCCAGCUCUUCCUCCUCUUCCUCUGGGCUGAGGCGCAAGGGCAGCCGCGACUGCUCAGUGUGCUUUGAGAGCGAAGUGAUCGCCGCACUGGUGCCCUGUGGCCACAACCUCUUCUGCAUGGAGUGCGCCAAUCGCAUCUGCGAGAAGAGCGAGCCCGAGUGCCCCGUCUGCCACGCCGCGGUCACGCAGGCCAUCCGCAUCUUUUCCUGAGGCUGCCGCGCCUGCGCGCUUUGAGCGCAGGGACCGAGUCCCCUCCUCUCUGGCCUGCUCCCUAGCGCCUGCCAGUGGGCCUCUGGGUGCCCUACCGCCCCCUCCUCACCUACCCCACACUCUGAGAUCCGACAGGAGUUUGGGAAGCUGUAGUAUCCGCUCAUUUUUUUAAAUGUAAUUUUUGAAAGAAAGGAACUUGCCAGCAUAUCUGCAUCGAGAGUACUGUAGCCUGGGAAAUAUGAACCACCCGAAAUGCAUGCUCUAUAAAUAAUAGGAACGGCGACAUUCUAGUGGUGAUAGUUUUUACACUGUACUUGAUAGGAAGCUUCCAAAAGAAGAGAACCCCACAAGUUUUCCAUUUUCUUAAAGUAGGAAGAAGCGAACAAUGAUGUUGACGAUAACGGAGAGGAUGGUAAUAGUGUUAUGGCAUGUGUGGACUCUCUCGCGUGUUCCCCUCCGUGAGUGGAUCCCUCCGAUGCUCACUGCGGAACACAAGUGCAUCCUUGAAUGUCCGUGGAAGGGCCAGGAGUUCCUGUGAAACCAGGAUACUGCAGCUUUAUUAAAGAAACUGUAACAUAUCUCUUAUAUAUUAAAAACGUUUAAAAGUUUUAAAGAGAAAU